GUUGAUAAACGUCAGAAUUGGUGCAAAUUGAAAAACGACUGACGAGUCGAGUUGAAAUUUGAAAGAAAUCAUGUGGAAAUCAUUUCCCUCACGCCUAUUUCAUUUCGACGAAAUAUUAGGAAAGCAAUGAUGUGCAGUGACAAUAGUAUUUUAAUUAAUUUCGCUAAAGAUACCUGGAAAAGUUUGCGGCAAGUGUAAAUAUCUAUUCGGUCCAUACAAAAUGUUUCCGCUGUGAUUUAAUCAAUCAUGACCACAAUGAAGAAUCCUAAUACGUCGUCUUCUAAACUCGCUCUUCUUAGUCAUAUCAAAUAUGAACAUUUGGUAGCUGGAAUAUCUGGUGGUGUAACGUCGACUCUGAUCUUGCACCCUCUAGAUUUGAUCAAAAUUAGAUUCGCUGUAAAUGACGGCCGGACAGCGACAGUUCCGCGAUACGAUGGCCUCGGCAGCGCUUUCGUGACAAUUGUCAAGAAAGAAGGUGUCCGGGGUCUGUAUAGAGGAGUCACUCCGAAUGUCUGGGGCUCUGGUUCAGCUUGGGGCUUCUAUUUCUUAUUCUAUAAUGCAAUAAAAACAUGGAUUCAAGGCGGCAAUGCCCGGACGCCCCUAGGACCCGGCCUUCAUAUGCUAGCCGCGGCAGAGGCCGGGAUCCUCUCUCUGUUGAUGACAAACCCCAUUUGGGUGGUUAAAACCAGGCUCUGUCUGCAAUACAGCGAAGAGCAUGUAGCUGAUAACAAGAGAUAUAAAGGGAUGGUCGAUGGACUUACUAAGAUUUAUCGGACAGAAGGCAUUCGGGGUCUAUAUAGGGGCUUCGUUCCUGGCAUGUUUGGAGUAUCACACGGCGCUCUACAAUUUAUGACAUAUGAAGAAAUGAAAAAUAGAUACAAUCAAUAUAGAAAUCUGCCCAUUGACAUAAAAUUGACGUCGGUAGAAUACCUGACGUUCGCGGCAGUGUCGAAGCUGCUAGCUGCGGGUGCAACGUACCCGUAUCAAGUGAUUCGCGCCCGUCUGCAGGAUCAGCACAGGGUGUACCAAGGGGCGUGGCACUGCGUUACUGAAACUUGGAGGCACGAGGGAUGGCGUGGUUUCUACAAGGGACUGAAACCGAAUUUGAUACGUGUUGUCCCCGCAACAAUGAUUACUUUCCUAACAUACGAAAAUGUAUCGCAUUUUAUGCUUAAUCGAGGAAAAGAAAUAAAGAUAUCCUCCUAAAUUUCGUAAUUUUACUUGCCUUUAUAUAGUGUUUAUUGACAAUUCAAGAUUUGGAAUAUCGUGAAUCAUAGAUUUCCAUAUGUUUAACACGAUUUAUCGGGUUUCCCAGUAUUUAAUGAUGGCGGUUUAGUAAUGAAAUCGCGCACAAUAUUAUUUCAAACCAUUACGUUGAGGGUGACCAAAGUGAACGGUCGUCGCCAUUUUAGACAUUUUAUUCUUUCAGAAUGAAAUUAUAUUUUUUACUGAAUAUAGGUUUAAUUAAUUUUUAAAGUGAAAUUGUUGAUUCCUAUUAAGUUGGUCGUUAAUUUUUCUUUAAGUUCAUGUCAAAUCAUAAUUCGCUUGAUAAGCGCGGUAUAGACUUUUAAUUUUAUUGGCUCCAAAGCCAUGACAUUAAAAAAUCACACAAUAACUUUAAUAAUGUAGUAAACUAUGUGUUAGGAAUUGUCAAUACAAAUAAGCUUUAGAAACUAUAUAAAAUUUAACCAUUUUUUUUUUCCAAAUACCAGGCGUAAUUCUUAAUUUAUCUAAAGCACAUUCGUUUGUUGCUACCCGGGUCCUGAAAAAAUAUUAAUGCAAUUACGACUAGUUUUUUGGAUAAAAUACAUUUUAUUUCAACUGCGAAUUAAAGCGAAGUUGGCUGUGUUUGAGUGAUGUUUAUUAAGUUCAUCAUAUCAUUUUUAUUUUAAGUAUGUAUGAGAGUUUUGUAUGAAUAGGUAGAAUAGUUUUUGCUUUGAAUAAAUUGGGUUUGAAUAA